CAGGGUUUUCCCCCCUUCACUUUAAACCUCUCCCCUCAAACCUGGUGGGCUUUUUCUCAGAUUUUCCAUCACUCAUCUUCACCAUUACACUUUAAACGUGUCCAGUGGUCUAUAUAGAUCUGGUGGAUAAAGCCUUCAGUCACUUCACCUCUUGAUAUCCCAAGGUCAACAUUAACCAUGAGACCCUAUGUGGCAGCUAUUCUGGCCAUUGUUUUCCUGGACAGCUUCGGUGUGCACAUCGUAAGAAAAACCAAGGCAUCUCAGACAAUGGCACUCAACGCCUGCAUCUCAUUGCAGUCAAUAGAAAUAAACAUCAAAAGAAUUGCUGAUUAUGUAGAGCAAACCAGUCCAGUCAAAGCAGUGAUACUCAUCACCAGAAGUGGGGUCAAGAUCUGUGUGCCUCACAAUCUUCCAUGGGUGAAGAAGACUGUCCAAAAACUGAAACAAAAAAGGAUUAGAAAACAGAAAAAAAUUACAAUCACACCUAGAGCGGCAACCAGGCACCAGGCAGAAGAGACAAAGCAGCCCAAGAAACCACAAGACCAUUGA